AUGAGUAACGUUGACACGACCUUCAAGGAACUUGACGUAGAGGCGUUGUUGGAAGAAUUGGAUUUGGAUGAGAAAAUCAGUCUCUUAUCAGGAAUCGACUUUUGGCACACCAAGGGCAUUCCUCGACUGAAGAUCCCGUCACUACGUACAUCAGAUGGUCCCAAUGGCGUGAGAGGCACUCGCUUCUUUAAAGGCGUACCGGCUGCAUGCUUCCCAUGUGGCACUGGCCUUGCCGCUACAUGGGACACAGCUUUGAUCAAGUCCGGUGGCCAGCUUCAAGGGAAAGAAGCCAUUGCCAAGGGGGCUCAUGUCAUUCUUGGUCCGACAACGAAUAUGCAACGUUCGCCGCUUGGAGGGCGCGGGUUUGAAAGCUUCAGUGAAGAUCCGUAUCUAGCUGGUGCUAUGACUGCCGCAACUGUCACUGGAAUUCAGUCCACAGGCGUGGCCGCUACGGUAAAACACUUUGUUUGUAACGACCAAGAAGAUGAACGACAAGCUGUCAACUCCAUCUUGACUGAACGUGCGUUGCGAGAGAUCUACUUGAUGCCGUUUCAGAUCGCGCAGCGCGAUGCAAAACCACUAUGCUACAUGACGGCAUAUAACAAAGUAAACGAUACUCAUGUCAGUGAAAGUCCCAAGCUACUGACGGAUAUUUUGCGCAAAGAAUGGGGUUUCAACGGGCUUGUCAUGAGUGACUGGUUCGGUACUUAUACUGCGACACAGUCGAUCAAAGCAGGACUUGAUUUGGAGAUGCCUGGUCCGCCAGUCGUCCGCAAAGAGAACGUCCACAUUGCGAUCCGUUGCGGACAACUUGCCAGUCAUCUGAUCGACGAGCGUGUUCGAAACGUUUUAAAUCUGGUCAAUCGUGUUGGCAAGCUCAACAUACCAGAAAAUGCACCGGAAACUACCAUAGAUUCGCCAGAGACUGCGGAACGCCUACGAGACACUGCUGCUGCCGGCAUCGUACUAUGCAAAAACAACGACAAUGUCUUGCCAUUUGACCCAGCAAAGACAAUCGCCGUCAUUGGUCCUAAUGCUAAAGUUGCAACAUAUUCUGGUGGUGGCUCCGCAUCCCUUCUUCCUUACUAUGCACGAACACCUUUCGAGGGCAUCACGGCUCAGGCCAAGGACGUCAAAUACACACUUGGCGCUAUUGCCUAUAAGAAUCUACCACAACUUGCCCCUGAGACCAGAACAAAGGACGGGCAAGUCGGCAUGAUUGGCAAGGUCUACAAUGAACCACCGUCGAGCUCCGUUCGCAACCUUGUCGACGAGAUCCACAUUGACAACCUUGUUAUGCUACUCGCAGACUACUACCAUCCCAAGGUCAAUCCAGAUCUCUUCUACAUGGACCUCGAGGGCACUAUCACUGUGGAGGAAGAUUGCGACUUCGAAUUUGGUGUUGCCGUCUGCGGCACCGCAAAACUCUAUGUCGACGGCGAGCUAGUCGUCGAUAAUGCCACGCACCAGCGUAUCGGCGAGAACUUUUUCUCCGCCGGCACAGAGGAAGAGAGAGGUGUAAAGCACCUCAAAGGCGGCCAGACGUAUAGCCUCCUCUUGCAAUGGGGAUCCAGCAUCACUCAAACGGUGAAGCGCAAAGGCGCAACAGUCAUGGCCAGCGGCGGCAUCCGUCUCGGCGGUCUUGCCAUUAGUGAUUCCCAAACAAAUAUCGCCAAAGCCGUAGCUCUUGCAAAGGAAGUCGAUCAAGUCAUCAUCUGCGCUGGUCUCAACUCCGAAUUUGAGUCUGAAGGAUAUGAUAGACCACAUAUGGAUCUGCCCGGCACACUCAAUGAUCUCAUCGCCGCCGUCAGCAAAGCCAAUCCACGCACCGCCGUCGUAAUGCAAUCCGGCACGCCAGUAUCCAUGCCGUGGAUCGACUCCGUACCUGCACUCAUGCAGGCCUGGUACGGCGGAAACGAGACAGGCAACGCAAUCGCCGACGUCCUCUUUGGAAAAGUGUGUCCGAGCGGGAAACUACCGCUCAGCUUCCCCAUCCGCAACGAGGACAACCCAGCGUUCUUGAACUACAAGAGUGAGCGUGGCCGCGCCUUGUACGGCGAGGACGUCUAUGUCGGAUACAGGUUCUACGAGAAGAUAAAGCGCGACGUUCUGUUCCCCUUUGGGCAUGGCCUAAGCUACACCACGUUCAACAUGUCUGGCCUCAAAGUCGUUGAUGACGGCACGACCCUUACGGCGACGGUUGAUGUGGAGAACACAGGCGCGUGCAAGGGCGCGCAGGUGGUGCAGGUAUACGUCUCGCAGCGCGAGUCUGGUGUCGGCAGGCCGGUGAAGGAGCUCAAAGGCUUCGCAAAGCUGGACUUGGAACCGGGCGAGAGCAAAGAGGUCACGGUGGAGAUGCAGAAGAAGUAUGCGGCGAGCUGGUGGGACGAGGAGAGAGAUGCGUGGAUCAUGGAGAAGGGCGUGUUUGAUGUGCUUGUGGGCGAUAGCAGUGCAAAGGCAGAUCUGAAGGGAGAGUUUGAGGUUGCGAAGACGGUUUGGUGGAAUGGGUUGUGA